AUGGAACCCGAUGCCGCCAAACAGCACCACGAACAACAGCAGCAGCACCAGCAGCAGCCCACCAGUGCCGCCGAGCAUACCCCCUCUGUCGUCUCCCCCGACUCCUCUCAGCCGCCGCAGCAGGCCUCCGCUUGGAACUCACCUACCCCAGGCUCCAGCUCAAGGAUAAGCAGCACCUUUGAGUUCACGUCGGCGCCCUCAGACGUCUCGGUCCCGUCCUUUGAUCCGGCCAUUGCCGCCUUCGCCGACAUGUCCUUCACUCAACCACACGUGCCCUCGCCCUACAUGCAGGACAGGAAGCCUGUGCCCAGCGGGAGCAACCCGGCUCAACAGCCAGACUGCUUCCAGCGCCGCGACAUGCACGACAAGAAGCGCUUCAAGGCCGACCCCGACACGCCCGCCCUGGACUCGAUAGACUACUGGAUCAACUUUGACGACGACUGGGACAAGAUGGGCAGCGUCGAGAUCGACUACUCCAAGCGCAACGACCCAAUAUACAACAACAGGCAAGUGGCCGCCACGGUCACGAGCACAAUGCCUGGCCUGGGCAGUGGCCUUUACUCCACCACAGUGGCGCCAUUCCGAGAAGAGGACUUCAUCGACGACGCGGCCUUUGAUCAGACGCUUUCGGAGGACGAGGACGCGUUCGAGUCGACGCAUGUCGGCGACCAGCUCUCCGAUAUGGGCGGCAGGGCUCCUCCACCUCAGGCCGGCCCAGCUCCCCAGGGAGACAAGAACCUCCAGUCGAGUCCUCAGGGAUGGAACAGACCAGAUGCCAGCGUGGACUCGGAGCCGAUGAUGGAGGACACGCCGCGGCAAAUGCGGGGCGACAUCUGGGAUGCCCUCCCUCGUGGCGCGAACCAGACGCUCAGCCCUGACGAACAGCGGCGACUCCUCGAAAUCGCCCUCAACACCGGCAGGAUGCCCGGGAGCUUCAUCCCCCCGAACGGAUUCGGGAUAGGAUUCGGUGCCGGUCUCGGUGCUCGGCCUCCUGCCGAGUUCGAGAAGCGAUCAAGCAUAUCCGCUGAGAGACCAAGCGCAACGCCCUCGUGGACAUCCAAGGGCGACGAAGCGUCGGAGCGCGUGCAAAAGCAACAAGCAAAGAGGCCCUCCGUGGCGAAGGCCGGCUCGUCCAAGAAGCCCGGAGAGACGGGCAAGCCCAAGUCGGCCGAUCGGAUAGCUCACAACGACGUGGAGCGCAAGUAUCGCACAAACCUGAAGGUCAAGAUUGCCGAGCUCCGCGACGCCGUUCCCGCCCUGCAGUCGCCAAACGCGGAUGGCGACUCGGAGGGCGGUAAUGGAAACCAGGGGACACCGAAAGUCAGCAAGGGCACUGUCUUGACCAAGGCGACGGAAUACAUCCAACAGCUCGAGCAGCGCAACAAGACCAUCAUGCAAGAGCAUCAGCAGCUCGCGCGUCGGCUGCAGGCAUUUGAGACGCUCUUCAACAGCGCGAACCGACCAGAUAUGAUGAUGCCGAACCACAGCAUGACGCUUUUUGACCCGCGCGGCUUCUGCUAA